UUUGUUUCAUUUUUUCGUUCUGUCCGAAACAGAAAGUUAGAAAACUCUCUUUCUUACCCCCAAAACUCCCUAUUCCAUAAAACUUUCUCCCAUAAAAAUCUCAUGAAUCUAAGAUCUAACUUCUAAUCCUUGCUUAGUCCUUCGUUCUCCUCCUCACGUCUGCAUCAAAAAUGGAGAAACAAAACAAAGAUCAAGAAAGACUCAAGUGAAAAUAGAACUAUUAUUGUUACCUUUGCAAAGUUUGGGCAACUGAUAUCAGUGUCCAGAAAGCACUUUAUAUCAGAAAGGUACCAAUUGAAACUCAACAACAACAACACCAGGUAACUUAGCUAAGUUAAAUUAAUGAAUUGUUGAUGUUGAAUGCCAGUGAACAAUCAAAGAAUGGGUAAGAUGUUACAAAAGCAUGGACUAUGACUAUGAUGUUGUGAAUGCUUUAAGCUAUCAUCUAUGUCUCUUAAUUUUCGGUGUUUUGGAAGUUGGGUCCGUUACAGUGGGUUCUAAGUUUGGUGUAGGAGUGAAAAAAGACCAAAACGACGCUACUAAUAAAAGAGCUAAAAAGGCACCACCAAAGACAAGAAAGCCAUCGAGCAGACACCAAAACGACCGGUUCCGACUCCGACUGUAUUUUCAAAGUCCUGCCUAUGCAUGCUUUCCUCAAUCUCUCAACUCCGACUCAACAAUGGGUACCAGGAAACGGGACCUCCCCUCUGCUUUGCUUCUCUGCCUUAUCUUCUUCCUUCUUUCAAGUUUUUCCUCCUUUGCAUCUGCCCAGAAACUUUCUUUGGUUGUUGGGGAGUUUAAUAAGACGUUGCAGUUAACUCCUGGCGUACAAGUGGAGAAGUCCCCUGGUUUAAAGCCUGGAACUAAAGUUGUUUGCGAAAGAGUUCACGUUGAUGGUUUGCCUAGGUUUAGGAAUCUCAUGAAAUUUGCUCAUUCAGUCAAGCUGAAGGUUUCACAAGGGAAUUCCACCCUACACAGACCUAAUGUUGAAGUUUGCUUCCACAGGAAUGCUUCACUUGGGAUAGGGAUGUGCCCUCAAGGCAAGUGGGAGAAGGUUUCAAACAGAUUAUGGGCUAAAUCGAUGUCUCCUUUCGAUCGCAAGCUCUUAGAUAUACGAAUGACCAGUUCUUCUACACAGACUGUUGAAGUGUCAAUUGAAGAGGAAUUUUUCCAAUAUCGUAUAGUAUUUUUAGCACUGGGUAUUGUGUUGUGGAGUGUGGCAUAUACACUAAGCCAAUCAUUAGUAUUUUACUAUGGUGGUGCAAUGGCAAUUGGGGUUAUCCUUGUGGUAUUAAUAGUCCUGUUUCAGGGAAUGAAGCUUCUCCCAACUGGUCGGAAGAGCUCACUUGCUAUUGUUAUAUAUUCAUCUAUGCUUGGUUUGGGAUCUAUACUUCUCCGCUAUAUACCACAGUUGGUGCAAUCAAUACUUUCAGAAAUGGGAAUCACUGAAGACAUGUAUAAUCCUUUGGCUAUGUUUCUCUUGGGCUUUCUUGUUCUGGCUGGAGCUUGGUUGGGUUUCUGGGUUGUUCGCAAACUUGUCCUCACCGAAGAUGGAUCGAUUGACAUAAGCACAUCUUACUUUGUUGCUUGGACCAUCCGGAUAGUGGCUGCUAUCAUGAUGUUUCAGAGUUCUAUGGAUCCCAUCCUUGCGGUAGAGGCAUUUUUAUCUGGGAUAAUGCUCUCAUCAGUUUUGUGUAAAGUCACUCGAUUGAGAUUCCUGCGCCGUGUGUACAAGAAGCUGUUCAAGUUAGCCAAAGUCAUUGGAAGAAACACUCAAAUUCCUGAUUUAUCACCAGAUCUAUAUUCUCAUGACGAAUAUACGUACAGGAAGCCUGAAGACUCUAAUUUCCUUAAUCGACGGUCUAAGCACUUACCCCUUGCUUCUUGCAAUACUUCUCUUCUAGGAACUACCAAGACAUCUCCGAGUCAGCUGUCAGAUACAGACUCUUUCCCAUCCAUCUUUCACAACACACCAGAGAGGAGAAAUUUUUCUAAAGGUGAGUGGGAGAAGUUCACCAGAGACUCCACAAAAAGGGCUGUCGAAGAACUUGUUUCUUCGCCUGAUUUCAGCAAAUGGGCAGCCGCAAAUGCUGAGAGGAUCACUGUAACACCCAGAAGUAGUUCGAGCAGUGCUUCCGCCAGAUCUCGCCGUUGGUGGUUUCUUUGGUCAUAAAAAAGUAGCUAAUGUUUGAUUGUAGGCUGAAUACAUUAUUACAGUUGAAAGAUGGUGGCAAAUUCAAAAUUAACAUUCGCCAUUUUUAGGGCUUGACGGGCGAAGUUUUGGGAUGACUGAGAAUGGUGCCCGUGUUUUGUCUUAGUUGUUUUAUGUUUGCAAUGUUAGAAAUUAUAAUUUAAAAUGUUUCUGGUUUUUCUUA